GUAGGCGACUUUUACAGAAUUAGAGAACUUGUCCAUCCAAAUAUGGUUUAGCUCCUCCCCCCGCCUUGCCCUGGCUGUGCUGCUCUUUCAUAAUGUACAGCUUCGACUUGCAGCAUCAUUACGUGCUCGUUGUCCCGAGCGGUUUACGACUCACGCAUCCUCACCUCUUAAUGCGGGACUAUCGGACCGGCUCCUGAAGGCUCUCCGAGGGCUGCUUGUGGAUAAAUGCUUGCUUUUCUCCAGAUGUUUGAAGUCGUGUAGUUUAGUUGGGAAGCGCGCGCUUAUCUAUGACUUUCAGAGCAGGUGAUCUUUGGAGCGCGUAUUCCUAACUUUCCUUUAAACGAUGUCCAAGCUGGAUAAACACAGGCCAACCUCAAAACUGUAAAAUCACAGAAAAACUAAUUAGAUUACUUUCUACUUCAACAAGACACUCAGACCCGAUUUAGAUAUUCUCUCCAGUGUUACGGAGCCGGUAUCAGCAUCUUCUGACUCUUUGGACUGUUUCUCGGGUUCCUCUCCUCUUCCUCGUGUGCUAAGUGUGCACAGGUGCUAGGAUCUUGUUCUUUCGUUUUUUUUGUAAAUGUUCGGAAUCCAGGAACAUCUUGCUACUGUUGUGAAAGAACGAACUUUUGCGGAAGAAAUGGAUUCAGUCCGUCCGUGGGUGCGUAAUGUCGGAGUCAUGGAUGCAAACGUAGCAGCUCAGAGUGGAGUAGCCCUGUCUCGCGCCCACUUUGAGAAACAGCCGCCCUCCAACCUGAGAAAGUCCAACUUCUUCCACUUUGUGUUGGCCCUGUACGACCGCCAUGGACAGCCUGUGGAAAUCGAGAGGACAGCCUUCAUUGACUUUGUUGAGCAUGAUAAGGAGCAGACGGGAGAAAAAACUAAUAACGGCACACACUACAAACUGCAGCUCCUUUACAGUAAUGGUGUACGAACUGAACAAGAUCUUUAUGCUCGUCUUAUUGACUCUGUAACCAAACAGCCCAUAUCAUAUGAGGGGCAAAAUAAGAAUCCUGAAAUGUGCCGCGUUCUGCUUACUCACGAGGUCAUGUGCAGUCGCUGUUGUGAGAAAAAAAGUUGUGGAAAUCGUAACGAGACCCCAUCAGACCCCGUCAUCAUUGACAGAUUUUUCUUGAAAUUUUUUCUGAAGUGUAACCAAAAUUGUCUGAAGACAGCAGGGAACCCAAGAGAUAUGAGACGAUUUCAGGUGGUCCUCUCAAGCACUGUUAGUGUGGAUGGUCACGUUCUUGCAGUAUCUGAUAACAUGUUUGUACACAACAACUCCAAGCAUGGUCGACGAGCACGAAGACUGGAGCCAGGAGAGUCACUAGAGAACACCAUGGAAUACGGUGAGACGACCACCCCAUGUAUCAAAGCGAUCAGCCCCAGUGAGGGCUGGACCACAGGUGGAGCGAUGGUGAUCAUUAUUGGCGAGAACUUCUUUGAUGGUCUGCAGGUUGUGUUUGGGAGCAUGCUGGUGUGGAGUGAGUUAAUAACCCCUCAUGCAAUCCGGGUUCAGACACCUCCAAGACACAUUCCAGGAGUAGUAGAAGUCACACUGUCCUACAAAUCAAAACAGUUCUGCAAAGGAGCUCCAGGAAGAUUCAUUUACACAGCACUGAAUGAACCAACCAUAGACUAUGGCUUCCAGAGACUUCAGAAGGUCAUCCCUAGACAUCCUGGGGACCCUGACAAACUGGCAAAAGAGAUGCUGCUUAAAAGGGCAGCAGAUCUCGUGGAAGCAGUCUAUGGAAAUACCCACAGUAAUCAGGACAUGUUACUGAAAAGGGCAGCAGACAUCGCUGAAGCUUUGUACAGUGUACCCCGGCCCCACAGUCAACUACAGGCUCUGCCCAGCUCCCCAGUUCAUGGCAGUGUCAUGGGACUAAGCUCCUACCCAUCUCAGCUCGGUGUGAGCAUUGGAGACCCUGGACAAAGCAGUGGCCAAGGUUACAUGCGUAAUUCUACAAGUUUGUCUCCACGGAGCUACCCAUCUGCCUCCACGCCUCAGCAGUCCACCUAUGGCUCUGGAGGAGGCAUGAGUGGAGGGUAUGGAGCUGUACCCAUGGGCAGUCUGGGUGUACCCGGGUCCCCUGGCUUCAGCAGUGCCUCCCCAAACAGCUCUCCAUAUGUUAUGCCAUCUAGUCCCACUAUACCAGGGUCUAGUUCGUCUUCCUCUCUUCUGCCCUUCUCAUCUUUUCCAUCCACGGCCAAGCAGAAGAGUGCUUUUGCUCCUGUCUUGAGACCACAAGGCUCACCUUCACCUGUCUGUCCCACUUCAGGAGGCAAUGGCUUCAGAGCAAUGACUGGUCUUGUUGUCCCACCAAUGUAGAAGACAUAUUGUUAUGAGAUAAGACCUUUUCACCAGCUGAUGUUCCAGGGUUAUACUGAGACAAGUGAUGCCUUUACCUUCUAAUGACUCACAGCAACACACAUCAGCCACACAGAGAGACACUGCAGACUCUUAACAGUUUAAAGCAUAAAUGAUAACAAGCAGUGAACUCCAUCUUUUACUAGAUAUGAAGUAAAUAUGAAUGGGACCGGACAAUGGAAAGUGAACAGCUUUGAGGAACUUCACACAGAAAAGAUGGUAUUUUCAUAUUUGCAUAACUUCUCAUUAGCUCAGAGAGGCUUCACCUGUCUGCCAGUCAUUUAUGAUGAUUUUUCUACAAAGAUUCUGGAUCACAUGAUCAGAGGACUCUCAUCACACUUUAAGAAGCAAGGUGCAAAUCUCUGAGAGAACUGUCCAAAGCUUUUUCAUGGGUUGUGCAGAAACCUUGCUCAUAAAAGACAUUUUACAAUGAUAACCUGAACAUUCCAUUUAUAGAUGUGGAGAAUUUUAUUUUCUUUCUUAGCUCCAAAAUAAGGGAAAUUAUACUAUGUACCUCUCAGAGAUGUGAUUUGAUGACCUCAUAUAUUGACCUAUUUAAAGAAAAUGCUAUAUAAGUUAUUAUUUUUUAGGUUAAGUAAUAAUAAAACACUUUUUUUUAUUCUA